GGGCAGGGUUAAGGGUGGGGCUCUGCCCAGCAGCUCCUCCUCCUAUGAUCCUGCUGGUCCCUGAUUGGCUGCUCCCCGCAGCCGCUCUAGGCAGCUUGGAGGACUCACCUCUACUGCUCUUUUCCUGGGGAGGGGGGUGGUCCAGGGGGUCUCCGGGCUGGUGCCCCCAUCACAGGGCGGCUGGGGGUGAUAGAGAAUCUCUAGCAGUAGCUGCUCCCUGUGGCUCAAAUCAUGACCCAGCCCUGGGCCCCGGCUCCGUGUGUUUCAGGAUUUCACACUUUCCAAGUGAUGUACGGCUGUGAGCUCCGGGGUGACGGCUCCAAAGGGGGGUAUUUUCAGUAUGCCUACGAUGGGCGCGACUUCCUCAGCCUGGAUAAGGACCAGGAGACCUGGGUAGCGGCAGAUGACGGGGCUCAGAUCACCAAACGGAAAUGGGAUGAAGAGAGGAGCAUCGCUCAGAGACAGAAAACCUACCUGGAGCAGACCUGCAUUGAGUGGCUGGGGAAGUACCUGGAGUACGGGAAGGAGACGCUGCAGAGGAGAG